UUUAACAGAACCAAGAAUAGAAUCUUGUCAGAACACUAACCUUUAUGGCAGCUUCAAUUUAACUGGAUUAUGUCUUGAAUCUUCAAAGCGUGAUCUAAAUCUCAUAUUUUGAUCAUCGUGGAGACUCCACCCAAAAUCGAAACAAAGCUUGACACCACUUAUGAAUCAAAAAUCUAAGCGUGUCUAGCAAAUAGAGAAAUCAAACCUCUUAUUCAAACGGAAUACUUAAUCAAACAAAAGGAGAAGAACUAAACAAAAGUUUAUUUACGUUCAACCCAGAUUGGCGAAAGAUAGGAUUGAUAAACAGUUCCGUUUUGGGUGAACUAUUACACAUCAAAAAUUGCCUAUGCGAAAGGGACAAUCUCCAUAGGACAAUCUCCAUAGGGAAACUAAAAUCGAAAGAUAGGAUUGAUAAAUAGUUCCGUUUUUAUAUGUUUUGACAUUACUCGCUGAUCCCAGAGAUUUCUUCUUUUUCCUUUUAUGAAAGAUGCACAUUCUACACUAUAUCGCGAUCCAUUUGCUGUUGCAUGCCGGUCUUCUUUUUUUUGAACAUUUGCAUGCCGGCUUUUACGAAAUCUAUUACAAUAAAAUUAGAUCGUCUCACUUCUCAUGAAGCCACCUCAGUAUUCAUAUGACAACCCUAAUACUUUAGUUGAACAAUUAAGCAUCAUUAUCUCAGUUAACUUGAUAGUUUGUUCUCAAAGGCCCAGUCCUUGAAUAAGCCCACCUACUAUUACCUUAUUGAUCCAUGCGUGAAGACGGCUUCGUCGUGACGAUCAGACUUUAUCUCACCACCUCUGAAAUCACGGCGGCUUAACGGUUUCGGCUUGCAUUCAAUCAAUUAAUGUGGUAAUGCCAUGGAAGCACUACAUCACAUUCAACACACCCUCCUUUCUCCAUGGUUACGAAUCUGCAGAUAUAAAUAAGGGUGUACGAUUCAGUGAAAUUCAUCACUUUCUCCCUCCCAAGCACUAGGAAACGGAUUAGAGGCAAAAGAAGAUCUUGAUUAUGUGAGUGUGGAAUUGUUUACAGUUGUUUAACCCUCGCCCUUGCUCUUUUGAGCCGCUUUCUUCCUGGACCAGUGACUGUUGUGGUUUUUGUUUCUGAUCAAUGAGAACUGCAAUUUCAUGGAUACCAAAAGGGGCUUCAAAGGCCAUGCCUGAUGAUGCUGAGCCUCCUUCUAAGGAGAAGAUCAAUGAGCUGAUCGAGAAUGGACUCCUUCUCAAGAAAAGGUGAACUCUUUCCUUUUUUCUGUACUUUUUUUAAUAACCCUUUGAUUUAUGGUUACAUGUACAACAUAUGCUAUCGAGUGACAUGAUCGAAGACAACGGGAUGGAGCAUGACAUACUUAGAGGUGAAGUUGCUCAUGCCAAAUUGUUUAAGGUGAGUUUGGUCUCGGGUGAAGUAAACAAUACUAGAAAUGGGUCGAACAGAGGCGUUUAUUAGAUUUCGAGACGAUGUUACAAAGGUGGAGAAAGUAAAAGCAAGCCGGAGCUCGUGAGAGCUUAAACCGGAAAAGUACAAAUAGCAGAGAGAUGAUUGUACGGAUGAUAAACCCUAAUCUCGCCGCUAAGUUUGUGUAGCUAAGUGUCGAUGCCUUUCUCCUUUGCUUUCCUCUCCUUUUAUACUCUGUUCGAUUACCUUAACAUAAUCUCCUUUUACCGAUUGGGCCUUGUCGGCCCUUCGGGCCUGAUUAGGAGGUGAUCGCUCCGAGCCGCUUAGUCGAUUGGUCCUGCUUCGUUUGCUCUCUGCUUCGACUAACAGUGUUUCCUGGCUAAGCCGAUACCCCGAGAAUCGGCUUCCGAGCCGAGGUUGACUCGAUCUGCUGGAUUGGGCCCUUUGUUCGAUGGGCUUUGUGGAUGGGUUAAAUCCAUCCCCAACAGUAAGUCCCCCCCCAGUUCAUUGAUGGUCGAGCAAUCGAUCUUCGAUGAAUUUGAUAUCUUUAGUUCGGAGAACAAAAGGUUCAAUCCGAGCAAGUGACUGAUCGUUGAGGAGUCAAUCCGUUUAAUCAACGCUUCUCAACCGAGGAAAUGGAUUGACGCAUCUGUUUAUCACGCGUUGCGAUCGUGAGAUAAACGCUUACGGAUCGAGAAGACGGAUCGACGCAUCUGUCGAUCACGCGCCUAAUUGGGUUUAGGCCCACUUAGGCCUUAUUAGGCGUAAUGAUGACGCCUUGAUCCCUGCGCUUAUCUCUCCCUAUAAAUAGCGCACCCCUCUCCACUUCUUUUCAUUUUUCUCCGCAGCGCUAAAGGUACUUUCUCUCUCUACGCUCCUUCUCUCUCUUUAUCUCUGUUUUUAGAUCUGCGAUUAUCCGAGAUGUCGUCGCAUCGUUUGACGCGAGAACAAAAAGGAAAGGGGGCGGUAUCUUCUCGGGAUUCUGCUGAGAAUCCUGACAGUAUCCAUCGCGGAGCAAUGAUGGAUACGGAGAAUAUGGAUUUAGCGCAGCGUCUUUUGGUCUCGGAAGCAAGAGAACAGUUCCGGGGUGACGACGACGGUCAAGAAGCGGUCGACGCCUCGAUUGUUCCGAUCAGCUACUACCCUGGGAACAUCUUCGCCGAGGAGAGCCCACUGGAGGUUUGGAGAAUUCGACCUUCGGUCGUCGAUGGACAAGAUUGGUCCAACGUCGAGAGGACGAAGUCCACCGUGGAGUCGGUGGAGGCUAUUCUCCGAGAUCUCAAUGCACACGGGGUCUCGUUCAUCAUUCCAAAGCGGGAUCAGAGGCCUUGGUCGCCCCCGAAGGGGUAUCAGUGCAUUUACGAGUCAUAUUUCCGGAACGACACGAAGCUGUGGUUCCCGAUUCCUCGAAUCGUCACGACUUAUGCGUUCCGCAGAGGAGUCGCUUUAAGCCAGCUGAUGAACGGGUCUCUUCGGUUGAUGGUCGUUCUAUCGGUAAUUGCGGCCGAGGCGGGGACGUCGAUGAGUGUGAGGUCGUUUGAAGAAUUGACCUCGGUUUCAAUUUCCGAUGAUGGGCUCGUCUCGACGAGGAUGCGCCCAAACUACAACGUGGUUACGGGGUACCCGACCAAAACCUCGGAUUGGCAACGUUCGUACUUCUAUGUGAAGUCGAACAGGUCAGCGUUCGAGGAACCUCCGAAGUCUGGUUAUCGCGUUCUUUGGAAUGCGGAGAUGGGUACUGCACACUGCCUUUCGUGAUGAUUGUAGCGUGUGCUCGUCUAACGUGUGUUUUUCUUUUAAGUAUGUUACGGAUAACCGCUAACAUCUUAGUCGAUUAUGAAAUUAUUCGUUGCUCGUUAACUCAAUCCCACUAUUCUUUCUUGUGAUAAGUCGGGAAAGAAUUAAGACAAGAAUUUUCUUUUUGAUAAGUUUCCGAGGGAAAGGUAUCUGAAUGCUACGCAGUAAUCGAGAAAAUUUGGUCGGCCAACUCAUUAUUUUUCGAUUUGCGAUAAGAUCCGAAAUUCCACUUCGUGAAUUUGGUCAAUGAUUUACAUCAUCGGUGACUCUGUUUUUCCCUUCGUUCGAUAUCUGAUCAGGAUACGUUCGAUUAAUUUGGGCGAGUGCUCGUGCGCCGCUUUUCGAGUUAAGGGGCUGGCAUCGUUUGCUCGUGAGAGGAACGAGAUGAGUAAAACUCUUUUUGUUUUGGGUUGUUGGGGCUGGACCCCGUAGAGGGGAUGCCUACGUACCUCCGAAGAGGAUCAAGCCUUUCGUAGUUCGUUUUAGUCCGAGUAAAAGUGACUUGGUAGUCAUUUACUUGGGCGAGUAGAAGUGACCGUAGGGUGCAUCUGCUCGGGUUUUUUUUU